GUCGUCUGCACCUCUCGCUAAAAAACUAAAUCGAUAUGGGGAAGUAUCGAUACCGUAGGCACAGUCCUGUGCACAGGCUUGUGUGGGUGUCGCGAUCGUACUCCCGAUAUUUUAUUCGCAACAAAAACAGCUGAUCCGUGAUCAGAAAGUGGCAAAAUGUCUGAGAAGAAGAAAUCCGGAGACCAGGGGAAUGAUGCAGAGUUGGAUGACUUGUUGAACAGUGCUCUAGAGGACUUUAACAAAAUAUCCCAGCCGGUGAAAAAUGAGGAUGCUCCAGGGCUUGCCACAACCACUUAUAUAAACCCCCCAGAGGAUGGUCUCGAUGAGUGGACGCAGGAUUUCAUUAAAAAUGCUGCAGAACGAAUUGACAAGAAACUGCAGAUUUUAAUGAAGAGACAGGGUAUUGAUGGACCAGAGGAUGAGGACGACGUGGGUGGAUCUCUGCAACAAAUGGCACAGACCGUAGCCAAUGCGAUAUCCGCUGAUAGUCCACCAGACAGUGAGGGAAAUGAAUUUCAGACGGCUAUUGCACAAGCUCUUAAAGAUAUCUCAGCAACUUCGGAAACGUUACAGAAUGCUGCACCAGGCAUAACCGAAGCGGAUCUGACAGCAAUGUUUGGCCAGACAUCCCUCGAUGAAUCAGGGGACGGUAUAUUGCCUAUGAUGCAAGCAAUGAUGCAAUCACUCUUGACGAAAGAAAUACUGUACCCUUCACUCAAGGAAUUGGUGGAUCAAUACCCAACGUGGCUGGAUCAGAAAAAGGACAGCCUGUCACAGGAGGAUCUUACGAGGUUUACCAAGCAAUUCGGUCUAAUGCAGCAAGUCUGCGGAGAAUUAGAGAAAGAAAAAGAAGACGAUUCAGAAGCCACAAAGAAGGCGCAAUUCAACAAGAUUCUUGGUCUCAUGCAAGAAAUGCAAAACUGUGGACAACCACCUGAAGACCUGAUUGGCGACCAAACAAAUCUAUUUGAUUUCGAUAAGGAUGGAAAUCCACUCAUUGGCCAAUCGUUUCCUCCUGGCGUCGAUCCCAAGAACUGUAGUAUAAUCCUCUCCUAGAUACCUUCAUUGAUCACGAGAUGUUUUUCUAUAUUUCCAGUGGAGUUCUAAUAACUAAGUGUGUACGCAGUCAUAAUGCAUUGAAUAACACGUGGCAAUUUCCUGAAUUUGUUAACUAUAUUUAUAUUCUUUGUUUUGUAUUGAUGAAAAAAGUAAUAAUCUAUGAAAUCAUCAUGUA